AUGACCUUGUCGGAUGCUCCAUUCGGUCAACCUCCUCUAUGGACACCCAGCAGUGAUCCAUGUCUCUUUCCCAGCAUAAUACCCUCCGGCGAUCUCUCUAGCGAGAAUGUAUCAGACAUCCACCACCAACCCCGUGAUGGCAUUCCCACGCCGCCUCCCUCGCAGCCUCAGUCGAAUCCGAGAACUCCUCAAGAACCCAGUCACGGCACCGAGCGUGUGGUCUCCUUGCUGCUCCUGCAACGCGGAGUCAAUGUGAACGUCCAGGACUCACGCGGUCAAACACCACUACACAUUGCCGCUCAGUGCGGGCACCUGGGCGUGGUGCGCUUGCUACUUACAACCGAACAAAUCGAUGUCAAUGCUCGCGACCACCAUGGGUCGACACCACUGCAUGUCGCAAGCGAAAAAGGGCAUGUUGAAGUGGUGCAGUUGCUAGUGGCUCACGGGGCGCGCUUAGAUGCCCGGUCGGGUCGCACCGGAUAA